AUGAAGAUUUUACUUGAAUUUCAAGUGUUGCGGUCCCCAUGGAGCAUCCAGACACUCCGUAGAUUAUUCCACCAGCAUCACAAGACUUUUGCACCUUUGAAUUUCUCAUAUUAUGAAGCUAUCAGUCGUUGUGAACAGGAAGUGCCCGAGUACUUCAAUUUUGCAAGUGAUGUGCUGGACAAGUGGUCUCAAAUAGAAAAGGAACGAAAGGGACCAUCAAAUCCAGCUCUGUGGUGGAUAAAUGGAAAAGGAGAUGAAAUUAAAUGGAGCUUUGAAGAGCUGGGCCUCCUGUCCCAAAAAGUGGCCAACGUGCUCUCUGGGCCGUGCAGUCUGCAAAGAGGAGACAGAGUUCUAGUGAUUCUACCCCGAAUCCCAGAGUGGUGGCUGCUGAAUGUGGCUUGUAUGCGAACAGGUGUUAUCAUCAUCCCAGGGACAACACAACUGACAGCACAAGACAUUUGCUAUAGAUUGCUGGCUUCCAAGGCUAAGUGCAUUAUUACAACUGAUGCGCUUGCUCCUGCAGUGGACUCAGUUGCAUCCAAGUGCCAGUUUCUGAAAAUGAAGCUAAUUGUAUCUGAAAGCAGCAGGGCCAAGUGGCUGAACUUCAGUGAUUUGCUCAAGGCUGCCCCUGCUGUCCAUAACUGCGUGAAGACAAAAAGCCAGGAUCCAAUGGCAAUCUAUUUUACCAGUGGUGCCACAGGCUCCCCCAAAAUGGUUGAACAUUCCCAUGGAAGCUUUGGUCUGGGGUUUUUUCUCUGUGGAAGAUACUGGAUGAAUUUGACUCCUUCAGACAUCAUGUGGAACAUGUCAGACACUGGUUGGGUAAAGGCAGCUAUUGGGAGCGUUUUUGGUCCGUGGUUCCAGGGCACGUGUGUUUUUGUACAUGCCAUGCCACAGUUUGAUCCAAGAGCAAUCUUAAAUACCUUGUGCAGAUAUCCAGUGACCACUCUGUGCAGCGCCCCAACUGCCUACCGCAUGUUGGUACAGCAUGACCUCACCAGGUAUGCAUUCAAGACACUGAAGCACUGUUUGACUGGAGGGGAACCACUCAACCCAGAAGUGAUGGCACAGUGGAAAAGCCAAACAGGACUGACUAUCUAUGAAGGCUACGGCCAAACUGAAAUUGGAAUGAUAUGUGCAAAUAUGAAAGGAAUGAAAAUUAAGCCAGGUUCCUUUGGAAAGGCAGCUCCCCCCUGCGAUGUUCAGAUUAUAGAUGAAAAUGGCAGUGUUCUGCCUCCUGGGAAAGAAGGAGAUAUUGCUAUCAAAAUGGAUGCCAAGCGGCCGUUUACUUUUUUCACUCGAUACCUGGAUGAUCCAGUGAAAACUGCCGCCACAAUCCGUGGGAACUUCUAUAUCACUGGAGACAGAGGGAGCGUGGAUGAGGAUGGAUAUAUAUGGUUUAUGGGGAGAUCUGAUGACGUCAUCAUCUCCUCUGGGUAUCGUAUCGGACCAUUUGAAAUAGAGAGUGCCCUGAUACAGCACCCAGCUGUCAUUGAGUCGGCUGUUGUCAGCAGCCCAGAUCCCAUCAGAGGAGAGGUGGUAAAAGCUUUUGUGGUCUUGUCUCCUUCCUUUAAGUCACAAGAUCCAAAGAAACUGGCCUGUGAAUUGCAAGAUCAUGUCAAGAAAGUCACUGCUCCAUACAAGUACCCCAGAAAGAUUGAAUUUGUCCAGCAGCUGCCAAAGACAAUCACUGGGAAAAUCAGACGGAAUGAACUGAGGAACAAGGAGUGGGCACAGAUUUAG